CUGUCGUGGGAGUCGGGCGACCGGUACGAGGGCGGCUGGAAGGACGACAACCCGCACGGCAAGGGCACGUACCACUAUGCGGACGGCAACUCGUACGAAGGCCGCUGGGCGUGGGGCAUCAAGGAGGGCAAGGGCAUCUUCCGGUGGGCGGCCGGCGAGCGGUACGAGGGCGACUGGGCGGAUGACAUCAUGCACGGCCAGGGCACCUACACCUUCGCCGAUGGGUCGAGCUACACCGGCGGCUACAGCAAGGGCGUCCGGCACGGCCACGGCACGUGGACGUACAAGGACGGCGGCUCGUACGUCGGCAACUGGGAGGGGGGCAAGAAGAACGGCAAGGGCGUCUACACGGACGCUUCAGGCAAGGUGGUCUACGAUGGCGAGUGGAUGUACAACAAGGAGCACGGUGAGGGCACCUUCUACCAGCCCGACGGCGGCUACUACACGGGCAGCUUCUUCGAGGGCAAGCGCCACGGGCAGGGCCAGUACACCUCGCCCGCCGGCGACGUCAUGUUCAAGGGCGAGUGGCUC